AUGCCAAACCACGAAGUAGAAUAUGACGCUUCUAGUACGUCUAACCCAUCCAAGAGCAGGGCUAGACGCUAUAGAAGUCGAAAAGAGCGACCAUGUGAUUUUUGCCGGCGAAAGCGGGAAGCAUGUUUUAAAGAAGGAAUUAAUCAAAAAUGUGUGAACUGUGAACGAAGGAAUUUGGUUUGCUCAUACAACUCUCUCCCAAUCAAGAAGAAAUCAAAAGUGCAGGUUCAGCCGACAAGUUUGAACCAGUCUCAAGCUAUUCAUCAAGCCGCUCAUUUACCAGUUGUUGGAAAAACUCAACUUGAUGUAUACACUACACGUCCGGAACCUUUGGCUGUCACCCGAUUACAAUUGAGGAACAGAUCAAACUUGCCAAACUCUCUGGAGUUGCAUAAUGGACAAACGAGUGUUUUCGUGGGAUUAACUGGCGAUCAGGACCCAUGGCUUCUCAGUCAAGUCUUAAAUAAAAGUGAAGGAGAUGCAGGGGCAGAUACUAAAUACGAAGUCAAAAACCUUUUCAACGACACCAAGUUUCCUAUUAUCUUUGCUGUUUGCCCUACCGAAUAUCUUAAUCCUAGACCUGAUCAAUAUUGUGUCGAUAAUAUACAACGAGUGGUAGAGCCACUUGCUGAGAGUCUUAUCAACAAUUAUUUCAUCAUGGUGAACCCAUCAUACCCCAUCAUAAGCAGGUCACUAUUUUUAAGGAAUCUUACGAAUCAACAGGUCUCCUCAACAUUGUUGGCGUCCAUUUAUGUGAUCAGUACACCAUUUCUUGAAGGCCAAGAACUGCAGCUUUACUUAUCCAAGGAUGCAAAGGGUGAUUGGCAUCAAUUGAAUGAUUUCAUUCUCAAAUCGCUUUCACUUGAACAAGGUGCUGCGACGCUUCAAACAGUUCAAGCCAUUCUGCUCAAGCUCAAUGCUCGACCUCUCAUAAUAAGGAAUGCCAAUGCCCCACGCCAUUGGGCUUUAUCUGGAUCUCUUGUGGCUUUAGGACAAGAAUUGGGAUUGAAUAUUGACCCAAGUGGUUGGGAUAUUCCCUCUCAGGAGAAAAGAUUACGAAGAGUAUUAUGGUGGGCAAUAUACGUGCAUGAUAAAUGGGAAAGCAUAGGUUUAUCUCGUCCAUCUCAUAUCCAUGAUGAUGAUUUCAAAGUUGAGGACAUCAAAGAGAGCGAUUUUCUUGAAGAUGAUGAAACACCACUUGGUGGGCUUGGAAUAGGCGCUAACUUGUUUGUUGCUUUCGUUCAUCUAUCAAAAGUGUUAUCGAAAGUUUUGUUAGAAUUCUGUUCCAUCAAACACUUUUUGAAUUCUGACAGAUCAUCAGAAGAGAUGGUUGGAAUUGCUGUCACUCUGAUGAACCGACUUGAUGCAGUAGAGGCGAUUUAUUUCUCUGUGGAAGUUCCCGAUACAUAUAUUGGGUCACUCAUUUCAUUACAUUUGGCUAAAACGACUUGUGCGUUGUCAUGUUGCCGUUCCAUUCUUCGAAGCAAGAGGGAUGACUGUUAUUCAUUUCUGGAUGGAUGUGCUUUGAAGUAUGCCAAUCAACUCAAUCAAUAUUUAUGUACUGUGCGGAACAAAUACCUGGAUGUUCAUUGGUGGUGUUAUUCUAGAAUGAAUUUCUCGAUAGUGGGUAUAUGCAUACUGGCAUUUUAUCUUGCUUCUAAAGCCAAAGGAGACGAUGAUCUUUGGAAAGAACAAGUGGACCUAUACAGGCAGAACUUACACAUUUUGACCAAGUCCACGCAUGUUACUCAGUUGGCUCUGUUACGAUUUGAGUUGCUAUUAUCAAAAAUUGAAUCAGGACAGAGCGCACGAUCCACUGAGAGCGCCUACACUUUUCCAGAAAUUAACAACUUCAAUGAGGCUCAUAUUUGGGCCGAUCAUGUUGAUCCAAAUACUUUGAUGACAAACGACGAUGCAUUCAUUGAUUGGCUAACAGUGAACGGAGUUCCACAAUCAUUCGACAAUACUCUUGCAGGAACGAUAAAUGAUAGUUAG